CAGUAUUCCAGAAUCUAGGCUUUCUUGAGAACCAUCGAAAUAACUCGCAGCUAUCUAGGCUGAGCCUAGGGAUCGACUCAACGGGACGGGAGUUGCUCUUACUUUCUCCAGGUGAUUCCUGGAUAGUCUCACUAAGUAGCACCGCCACCAAUCGUGGCGCCAAUAAGGCUGUAAAAUAAGAAGAUUCGUGACUACGCGGCCUCAAUACGGUCUUCGACCUCUUGCACAACCGUUGCUCACUUAUCAAUUGACGAAACGUUUUAUCCCUCGGAUGACUCGGUUAGAUCUCGCCUGAGACCCUUCCAUCUACGAUGACCUCCGAGCAUACCGCGGCUCGCCAUAAGAAGCAGCUAGGAGAGGGCCAAACCUCCUCACGUUUGAGAUUACAUUCGUCGGACCGAAGCAGCUCGUUAACUCAAUGCGUAAUGGCGCACCCAGGCGUUCUGAGUCGACUCAUAGUAUAUUCGAGCGUUCCUUGCUAUCGGGCCGUCUCUCUCCUGCUGAUUCUGUGUCUCUCCAUUCACCCUGUUGCAAGCACUCGUUCCCAUACAAGAACGUCCCGCUAUAAUCACCCCGCGGAUACGAACAGUUUAGACCAGGAACUUCGACGCCGACAACUCGUCGGAACGGAUAGUCCAGUCGGCGACAGGCACGAUCUCGACCAGUUUAGCCGUCAAUUUCGCAAAACCGACAGUCGGGUUAGCGACCGACAGAAUCUCGACCACGGUCGCCGUCAACUUCUCCGAGAAGCCGGUAGUCGGGCUAACGACCGUCACGAUUUCGAUCAGCGUCGCCGGCAGCUGUACGAGGCGGACGCCGCCAUUCGCGCUCUGCACCACCACCAUCUACCUAGCGGCAGCGGCGGCGGCGGCGGCGGUGGUUCUGGGAGCUACGCUAGCAUGGAGGAAGAAGCGUUUUCGUCGUCGCUCUGCUGGAGCGUGUCAGAGCGACGCUACUACCAAUCGCCCUUCAGCACGACGACGCGCAUGUCCGACGCGCUAUUCGAGGCGAUCCAGCGCUACACCAAGAUGCACGCCGCGUGCACCGGUCCAGUCGCUGAUUGGCCAGCUUUCUUCAACGACCCUACUCAGGGCCUAAGCAGCGGCGCGUCAGCCGAUGCUGUUGCAGACUGCAAGUACCUGCUGUGGCAAGAGCCGACCUGGAACGGCCUAGGCAACCAGCUCCUAUCCCUCGUCUCCUCCUUCAUCUACGCCCUCCUCACCCACCGCGCGCUGCUCAUCAGCCCUGCUGCGUUCUCCUCUCGCCUCCUCUGCAGCCCCUUCCCCCACUCCUCCUGGCGACCGCCCUCCCUCUCCGCUGAAGACUUUGAUCUCAUGUCAGCAGUGGCCAAGAACCACAUGGUGGGGCGCACGGGAAUGGAUGAUGGGGCGAGGGGAGAGGGGCAACAACGGCCCACUGCCGCAUUUAGUGACCUUAGCUGCAGGGCCAACGUCUCAGAUCUCGCCUUCUACUGUUCCAAGGUGCAGCGGCAGAUCUCAGCCGUCCGUUUCCUGGGGCUCGAUACAGAGGAGUAUAUCUUGCCAGCUCUCUACUUCGUUCCAGAAUUCGAUCAAGAGCUGGAGCGGCUGUUCCCCGACCGCCUGCCCCUGAUGCACGUGGCGCGCUACCUGUUGCACCCCGCCAACUACCUCUGGGAGGAAAUCACCCGUGCCUUCCGAGCCUACCUCGCACCGUACCAACUCAGGGUCGGCAUUCAGAUCCGGGACUUCACCUCGGACACAGUCGACGAGCCGCAUGUGAUUCAACGCACCAUGCAGUGCGCUGUGAAUAUAACGAGGGGGCUGCCGCCCCUGCUGGAGCACUCGCGGUGGAAGAGCAUAAUGAAUGACGAGACCACUCCUAGUGCAAUGGAGCAGCAGUGGUUGGAUCCCGCACCACACAGAACAGCAGAAGGGAGCAGCACGCGCAGCAUAGGGGUGCUGGUGGCGUCCCUCAAGCGCACUUACCAGGACGCCAUCCACGAUGCAUACGUGGAGGGGGUGCCGCUGGGUGGUUACGACGUGGCGGUUACCAGCCUGAGCCACGAGUCAGGGCAGACGUACGGCGAGGAGAGACAGCUGGAGCUGGCUUUAAAGGAAAUGUGGCUCUUAUCCAUGUGCGACCUGCUGCUAGUGAGUGACAGCUCCACCUUCGGCUACAUGGCCGCAGGGCUGGCAGGGGUGAGCCCCUUCUCUCUCAACGUCGUUCGCCGAAUGAACUCCGACUGGGACGGAAACGGGAGGCCAGAGUGCGAGAUCACAACCCCAGAGCCCUGCUACUUAUCUAUGCUGGAGCCACAGCAGCAGCAGAUUCAGUGUCCUGGAGAGUCCCCCAAAUCACCUCUAGACAUCUCUCCCAAGGUCAAGUACUGCCCGAACUUCAACAUUGGAGUCGUUCUAGAUGUUCCAAAUCCCAAGCAAUACGAGUCCUUCAAGAGGACAUAACUCGCAGAUAACUGGUACGAAGUCACUACAAUAAGAGUGAUUGUAUUGGAGAGAGCAUCGGGGGGACAUGGUGGAGGAGAGGAUAUGUGUGGCACAUGGAAAGGGUGACUUUUGAGUCGACUCAAAGGGAGUCAAACAUGCAACACGACGCAUAGAAUGCCAUCAAAUGAUGGGGUGUGUGGUCGCUUGUGAAUAGGGCUGCAGGUCAUUUAUUCAUGACCGGUAUUGUCAUGACGUGUGAUGUGAUGUAAUGAUUAUAUGUAUGCAUGAUCAAAACGAUUUUUGAAA